AUGGUUAGCGACAAAAUAAUCUCCAUUAAGAAGAAAAAGAAGAGAACCCUAUCAUCAUCAUCAUCACCAUCACUUCCCAUUCUUCCUUUCGAUCUCAUUCCUGAAAUACUUAGCAGGUUACCGGUGAAGUCUCUGCUUCAAUUCCGAUGCGUCUGCAAAUCAUGGAAAUCUCUUAUCUCCGAUUCCAAAUUCGCCAACAAGCAUCUUACUCUUUCAACCAUGCACACCCUUCACUGCAUAAGCUACCGUCAUAAUGUACACGUCUUACUCAAAUCUUACUCACUCGACUACGUCUUGACCAACAUCACGCAGACUCAGUUUCCUUCUUCUGACAGUAAUGUUUUGUUGGUGGGAUCAUGCAAUGGCAUCCUUUUUCUUGUAAGCGAUGGUAAAGACUUGGUUCAGCUUCAAUUGUGGAACCCUUCCAUUAGAAAAUUUAAAGAAUUGCCCCCUAUUAGUAAACCACAUAGAUUUGCGGGGAUAUAUGGAUUCGGAUAUGAUCCUAUUAGUGAUAAUUACAAGGUUGUGGUUGUUUCAAGUGAUUUAACUCGUGGUGAUUUUAACAAAAAUGAAUUGAAGCUUCAUACUUUGGGUACCGAUUCAUGGAAAAGCGUUUCGGAGUUUCCUUUUGCUAUUGUCUAUGCUCAGCCAUUGGGGCAAUAUGUGAGUGGCACAAUUAAUUGGUUGGUUUUUAUGGGUAUCAAGAGGUUUAUUGCUUCUUUUGAUCUGGGGAAUGAGUGUUAUCGCGAGGUUUUGCUACCCGACGAUUCUGGUCAGGUAUAUAAAAAUAAAUUAAGCUUAAGUGUUUUGAGGGAUUGCUUGUGCAUGAUUUCUGGUGAAGAUGUUUGGGUUAUGAAGGAAUAUGGAAAUAAAGAGUCUUGGACUAAAUUGUUCACUAUUUCUUACAUGCUAGAUCCUCGUGCAUCAUCUUAUUCCUAUAUUAAGGCAGGAUAUGUUCUUGAUGAACAAGUGCUGCUGACGUAUAAAGAAGAUAAGAGAUGGGGACAUAUUUCUUACAAUUAUAAAGAUGACACUUCAAAGUUUAUUGAGUUGGAAAACUUCCCAAAAGUCUGCGUUGAGAGUUUGAUAUCACCGUGUUUUUAAUGCUAUAUAGGAGGUAGAUGCGGUGCUAUGUCACCUGGCAUAAAAAAGAGUAUGUCAUAUAUUAAGUUGAUCAAUAGAUGUAGUAAAGAAAUUCAGAAUAUAUAAGCAAGAAACUUCAAGUAGUUGCUAGGAAGCAAGUGUUAUGCUAUCUUUGUGAAAUUGAA